CCGUGACACAAGAGGUACUGAACAGAACCAGGGACAGGAAUGCGAGAUUAAAGUUUCGAUCACAUGAAGGAACUAGUAUCUGUCAAGUCUGUUGUCAGUCCUGGACUAGGAAGAAGUGAUCUCGUAAUAUUUUGCUAGUGACAUUAAAAACACACAGCCACAUUUCAGCGGCUAAUAACCCUUAGCUAUAUUGCUAACUUUAGCGACCUGACUAGUGCAGGAAGUGGAACCUGAACAAAAACUCAAGGACGUGCGAAUAUCGUCAUCGUCGUAAGCAAAAAAAUAUAAAUUUCAAGUUGGACCGGUGGAGCGGUUUCAGGAAAGCGGGUCAGGAAAAAUUACACGACCGGGACUGCCUCCCGCGUGGUUUUUCGAGAAUCUGCCGGCUGGAAAUAUGAAUUACUCGCGGUUCCUCACGGCCAUUAGCGCGGCAAGGAAGCCGUCGCCCAUCAGGAUUUUGACGGAGCUGCAGCAGCGUUCGCCCCCGUCGCUGAUUUCGCUGGCCGGCGGGGCCCCCAACCCAGACACGUUCCCCUUUGAGUCGGCCGUCAUCAAGGUCAAGAACGGUCCGGCAGUCUCCUUCGACGAGGUGGCCAUGAAAAGGGCUCUCCAGUACUCCGCCUCUAAUGGAAUCCCCGAGCUGCUGAUGUGGAUGAAGAAUCUGCAGAAGGAACUCCACGACCCACCGACGGCUGUCUACAGUCCGGAUCGGGGGCAGAUGGAUGUCUGUGUGACCACAGGGAGCCAGGAGGGACUCUGCAAGAUAUUUGAGAUGCUGGUCAGCCCAGGAGAUGACAUCCUGCUGGACUCGCCCACCUACCCCGGAACCCUGGCGGCGCUCCAGCCGCUGGGUUGCAACAUCGUCAACGUCCCGAGCGACCAGCACGGGAUGAUCCCGGCGGCCCUCGAGGAGGUCUUGUCCCGCUGGGACCGGUCAGACGUCCUCAGGCCCAAAGUCCUGUACACGAUUCCUAAUGGGGGGAACCCCACCGGAGCGUCCAUGACCACGCAGAGGAAGAAGGAAGUCUACGAGCUGGCACGGAUGUACGACAUGCUCAUCAUCGAGGACGACCCUUACUACUUCCUGCAGUUCCAGAAGCCUUGGGCGCCGACCUUCCUCUCCAUGGACGUAGACGGGCGCGUCAUCAGAACCGACUCCUUCUCCAAGAUCCUGUCUUCGGGCUUGAGGAUCGGCUUUGUGACGGGUCCCAAGCCCCUGGUGGACCGGGUGGUUCUGCACAUCCAGGCCUCCACCAUGCACACCAGCACCUUCACGCAGCUCAUGGUGUCACAACUCUUGCACAGCUGGGGCCGAGACGGUUUUCUUCACCACACAGACGGGGUGAUCGAGUUCUACAGAAGACAGCGGGACGCAAUGAUUAGCUCCGCGGAGAAGUGGCUUACAGGUCUGGCCAAGUGGCACGCCCCGUCGGCAGGGAUGUUCCUGUGGCUCGAGCUGACGGGCGUGCGUGACACCCGGAAUCUCAUCAUGGAGAAGGCCCUGGAGAAGGAGGUGCUGCUGGUCCCGGGGAGCGCGUUCACGGUAGACGGCGGCGAGCCGUGUCCUUACGUCCGGGCGGCGUUUUCGCUCUCAACACCCGAACAGAUUGACGAAGCUUUCAGACGCCUCGCGGGCCUCAUCAGAGAGGCCUCGUGAUUCGGGACUCCUCCUCCUUUUAUAUUUGAGUCAGUUAUUAUUGAUAUGCUUUUGCGAGGAAAUAUUUCGGGACCUAAUAUUCUCGCCAAUGAUCUAAAAAAAAAAAAAAAACAAGAUGGCUCAUUGGCCACCAAAACUGGAUCGCCAUCUUGAUACUCCCGAAACAACCGGGCCGACCUGCCCAGGUCAAGUUACAAAAGAUUUACUUUGAAACUGUUAAAGUUUGUUUGUAAAGGUUUCUUUUUUUUUCUGUGAAAUUUUUUUGUGAUGAAUUUCAUCAUUCAGAGCUCUGCAAAUUGAAUUAGAUUUUCAAAUGCGAGGAAGAAAAAUUUCAAUUUUCUGAAAUGGGACGUUGCAGAGACAACAAAUAAACAAUCCGUUCAUUUUCCAA